CUAAUGAACGGUUUAGUUGCAACGAGGAAGCAUUCAGCUUGGAUUUGAAGUUGCACUGCUGGACGACGCUUUAGAGACCGAAGGAGACGAUGACGUUUGCCGUAGUUAAUCCCUUUAUUGGGUCAGUCUUGGGAGUCGUCGUCGUUGUGGUGCUUGUUCUCAUCGUCAUACUUUGCGCUGGGCACGAACGUGCGAAAAGGAGAGUAUCACAGAGCAGCCUGCCUGACGAUUACUACGACUGGGGAGAUCAUGCCGAAUACAGGCCAACGGAUCGAGUUUCCGAUGGCGCCUCUCCGUCCAAUGGAAAAUCAAAGCAGAGGAAUUGGUUUGAAGAAACCGGAGAGCACAUGGCGAUGACCGAGACGGAAGGCAGUCUGGAGACGCAGGCAAGAAAUGGCAUCGUUCAUCGACAGAUGCCCGAGAUGGAAGAGACUCCCUAUCUGGCGCGUCACAUAUCACACUCCACUCUUGAUGAAGGAGGUUGGCCGACCGUCGACUCAAGAGACAGUUCUCCCUUAUCAGCUGGCGAGACUCUCGAAGAUUUCGAAGAGCGACGUUAUUCGGUCGAGCAUCUGGUAGCCUUACCUCUGGACAAGCUGCAACCUUCUUCCGUGACUCCUUCAGAGUGUCUAAGGAAGGUCAAGGACUUGAGUGCUCGAGGCAAACUGUGGACUCAAGAAAUGACUCUUGUCAUCACUGGAUCCUCUCUGACUUUGAGAGACACGGAAUCCAAUGACGAUGUUGGUCAGUAUAGUCUCGGAACGAUCGCUUCGUGUGCGCACGUCGAAGGCGAGUCCAACUUCAGUAGCGUUCUUGUUCUUAUCACACACAACGUCAACGCAAAAUAUCCGCAGGCGCAGAUAUUUCAGUGCGACGACAGCCCGGCUAGAAACAUUUGUGAGGAUGUGCUGGGAGCUGUGAGGAGGUACAACAGGAUGCGCUCAGAAGCUGAGGAGGAUGCAAAAAAGCAUAAGAAAAUGAAAAAGGAGAGAACGGGUCUGAAUAUUUUUAAGAAGAAAGAGAGCAAAACGGCCGUUCCUCCCGUUCCCGUUUCUACAUCCGUCGGAACUCCGCCACAUUCUCUCACUCCAUUUUCGGAAGUCGACAAUGGGGACGUCCCACGCGAAUCUCUGGCCUCGGCAUUGGGUCUUCGUCGCUCUCCUCCUACCGGUGAUGAGGCAGAUGUGCCGCCGGAAUUACCUCCGUCAAGGAAGCGAAGUCCGCCUUCGGUGCCGAAGGGCAAGGCGGCUGCAAUGAUUGCUAAGCUGGAGAGAAAGCAGACUGAAGAGAACGAAAAGUCGGAACUACCGCCGCCGCCACGGAGACGGAGAGAACGAAUGCGAGAUGAUGCUAGCGUUCUGAGUGGUUCCGACUCCGCUAAUGUGGCGCAAAGGCAGAUCAAGAUUGCAAAACUUCAACGGCAAUUUGAUACACUAAACCAUUGUCUUGACGACAUUGAACACUUUGUCGAAAAGAUUCGAGCUUCAUCCGAUGCUUUCAAGGAACUAGAACGGCGGAAGGAAAAGAACAAGAAACGAAAAAAGAGAGAAGAACAAAUGCUUGCGCUGCAAGCGGAAGGACCGCACGAGAGCGAAUUUAUCGAAGCGUAUAGAAAGAUGAAGUAUGCCGUCAAUCUGAUCGCUAAGAUUGGCGACAACAUGACUGAACCGUCACCUAAGGAGCUUCUAGAAGGCUUGUUCGAUCUCUUGGGCGAGAUGGUGCGGAGCAAUGGAGGGCCGCACGUGGCCGCCGACGUGGCAGCGCCGCUCUUGCACAAAAACGCCGUCGAGCGACUCUUCAAUUCGUUGUCGUUUAGUCAAUCCGAGCUGUGGCAUUCGCUGGGCAACAACUGGAUGAUUAGCAAAGAGAACUGGCCCGCCAACCGUCCCGUUCCUCAUUAUAACCCGGUCUUCUCGGACGGCACUACUCCCAACGAUCUCGGAUCUCAAGUAUUGAUAACCCACGGAACUGCUCCGCAACAGCUUUUAGAACAACUGGACAAAAGCAGUAGUGAUGUGUCCGGUUCCCAGGGCAGUUCCGGUAGAGACCACAUCGAUCCGAUCUACCAACCCAGUGCCGUAGUGGCCGCACUCGCUAACCAAGUACAGCACAGAGAUCGACAAGAACAGGAGUUUCUGAACCGAAUGCAGACAUUGUCGUCGGAGCAAGUGAAGGUUCAAGAACAACAGAAGGAAGCCGAGUCUCAGCUUGCCAAGAUGAGGGAGGAACUAGAGGAGGCGAAGCGAGACAGAGACUAUGCCAGAGCAAAGCUCGACCUGGAGGACUCCAAACGAAAGUUGGAUACCGCAAACAGCGAGUUGCAGCGAAUCAACGAGGCAAUGGAAGCCGAAAUGGUGAGGUCCGAGUCGUUUCGUGUUGCACCCAUGCAUUUACCAAUGCUCCAGCCCGACGGAGAUCUCUAUCCUGACUUGCUGGAUUCUCCUCAAUCCGACAUGACGUAUCCUAUUAUGCUCGACGAGCACGAAGGCACCAUGUUUGCUGACUUUGGCGAGACAUCGGCACUUGAAAUGUCACAGCCAGUUUUUAUGCAACAACCGGAUGGUCGUCUCGUGCAGAUCGGAGACCCGCAGGCGUUCAGCGAGCCGUUGUUUCAAGUGGAGCCGGAUAAUCAUCAAAUCCUCUACGACGAUGAUACAUUAUUUUUUCCUGAGCAGACGCCGCCGCCAGCUACGGCUGAGGCCGUGAUAGUGAAGUUUGACUACCAUGCACAAAAUGCGAACGAAUUGACUAUACAUAAAGGCGAGAAGCUUCAGGUAUUGGACAGUAGCAGAAACUGGUGGCGUGUAAAGAAUCUGCUAGGAGAUGUCGGAUACGUCCCGGCCGUCUACCUUGACGAAAUCCGUUCAAUGAAUGCGCCACCGUUGCCUCUCGCUCCGGCACCAGAUUUACCUCCGGACGACAUCUCUAGCGCAGGUGACUUGCUUUCUGAUCUGUUAUCAGCCACUGCUGUGUUUUUGGAUGACGGUCGUCUCGUCCCCGCUCCGCCGUCUAUGCCUCCGCCGCCACCGCCUUCGGUUUCUCAGAGGUCUGCUGUUGUGUAUUUUAAGACUCCGGACGGCAGGACGAUACCGCAUCGUAUACAAAAUCCAAGAACGGCGGUGAGGUCGCCAGACGGAAGGCUUGUUGCAAUGCGGUCGAUCGAGGAUCUCGUGGGUAGAAGAGAUAGUCACAAGACCCUGCGCCGUCCAACUCUCAAACAACCCACUCUGUCUCCUGUUACAGAGACUCCUCCGUCAAUCAAUGAAUCUUCGCAAGGAUCUUCUCCAUCAGUCAAUCCUGCUGCUUCUACAGACGCUACGGAUGCCUCUGCACCUCCUCCUCCGCCCCCGCCUCCGCCGCUUCCAUCGUCUCCUACAGGUGCACCAUUAGGAGCACCCGUACCUCCGCCACCACCCCCGCCACCACCGGCUCCGGGUGUGCCUGGACCUCCUCCACCUCCUGGACCUCCUCCACCUCCUGGACCUCCUCCACCGCCUGGUGCACCGCCUCCGCCUGGAGCACCGCCUCUAUCUGGCGGUAAGCAGCAGAACCGAGGAAAUUUACUAGCUGAGAUUAUGGGUGCCCAAUUAAAGAAAACAGACAAGAAACUACCUGUAGGAGUGAAAGAAGAAAGCGGUAGGGCUGGACUUCUAGCUGAACUGAAAGAGAAACGGACAUUACGUAAGGUCUCUGUUGACGAGAGGCGAGGUGUGGAGGUGGAAAGCAAUCCUUUUCAGGCUGAAAUUGCGAUGCGACUGAAGAAACCUAAGGAAAAUCGUCCCGGAGUAUUUAGCAAGGCUGUCAAAGGUGCAGAGUUGAGGAGAGACUCUGGUCAAGCGGAAGUACGGCGUUGGUUGAUGAGCAAGAACUUUAGCUCGAUGUGUGUUGAAAAACUGUCUGGCCACUGCGGCGCCGAUCUAUUUGAUAUGACCAAGGACGACUUCAAAUCGACUUGUGGGUUUGGAGAAGGAAUUCGAGUAUUUGGGGAAGUACAAAAAUCAAAGGAAGACACUGAGCCGGAAUCUGAUCUUCAAGCUGCGUUUAAACUGCGACAGGUGAAAAUGGAAAGGGCGGAAGCUGAGACACAAGAAGCAGAAGCAACUGCCCAGUCAGAGCAUCCAGAAACGCAAAAGCCGCCAUCUGAAGACGAGGAGGACUCCUCUAAACCCGUCUGGUUGAGAAAUCUUCAAAAGGCAAAGAGAAAGAAAAAAGAGGAAGAAGAGAAGGCUGAACGCGAAAUGGCUGAAGAGAAAGCUAGGCUUGAAGAGGAAGCGUUAUUGGCUGAAGAAAGAGCUCGGCAAGAAGCGGAAGCAUUGGCAGCUGCAGAAGCUGAAGCUGAAGCUGAAGCAAAAGCGGAAGAUGAAGCUACAAAAACCGCAGAAGGUGGUGAAGAAGCAGGGGAGGGUGAAGAAGCAAGGGAGGGUGUAGAAGCGGAGAACGGUGAUGAAAAGGAAGAAAGCGGAAAGAAAAACGAAGAGAGCGACUUAUCUGACGACAACAAGAAAAGAAAGAAGAAGCAGAAAGGAAAGGGAAAGAACAAAGAAGAGGACACUGACGGAAACCGAAGGAAAAAGAAAGGACGAGCGAAACCAAAACGCCAAUCUUCCAGUGCGGACGCUUCUGUUAGCUCCCGUGGCAGCUUGUCUUUAUCAACAAGCAGUGAAGACGAACGCUCCGCCAAGAAACGCAAGCAGCAGAGAAAGAAAGCGUCGGUUCCAUCUCGUCGCCUGGGAGUCCCAUAUCGAGCAAAUUUGCCUACGCAUCUCAGCACGAUGGCUGGCGAGUCUCACUUCUCUGCAGCCGGCGGCCAUCCUUUAUCAUCCCACACAUAUGGAGUCCCUCCGCAGCAGUACACUGCUUUUCCAACGGUUCCGCCUGUGCAUAAUCCGUAUCAUCCUCAUGCACAACCCGUGCCCGGAUCGCACAGUGUACCCACUGAUCAGCUUGCACGGCAUCCUUUUCAACCAUUCAACACAACAAAUGUUCCCUAUCCGACCGACCCGACCAUGUCACAACAAACGCGUCUACCUUAUCCGACUGCAAAUCGUCAUCCUAUAGAGGCUCCAAGCAACGUGCCUUAUCCAACAGGAAACGAGGUAGUGCGACCGCCUUAUCCUGUUACUAACGAGGUACCUCGACCACCUUAUCCUACAGAAGCGAGGCCAGUAGCUGGCGAUUCAUUUUAUCCUAUCAAACAAAACCUUCCUUAUCCUACCGAAUCCAAGUUAAUGACUGCCGAGCCGUCGCACAUGAGGAAGGACAGUUAUGGUCAAACGUCGAACCCUUUCAUUGCCGCCAACAUCCGUCGGCCGUCGACUGGCCCACCGACGUCCGUAAACGUGCAGCCGCAUCCGCUUCGCGAAACUCGCUCGACGUUGGAAAAUAUUAGGCAGCCUGCGUUUCCUGCCUAUUCGGCGGGAGAACCAGCGCAGACAGGACUCGUUUCCUCCACAGCGUUUCAAGCUGAACAUCAUCGACGCCACAGUCAAGAAGACGCAACUAUCCCCGCCUCCGUGGCGAUGCCCGGAACCUCUCUAGCACACGGUCACGUUAGUUUGAUGCCCGGGUAUGGAGCUACAAUUACUGACAAUUCAAGAAGGCCGUCUCUUCAACAGGCGGGAGAGCUGGAAGAUUUUCCAAGAAAGGUCAGUCUUCCUAUGAAUGCGCAAGUACCAUUCUCUGCCUUAGGGCCACCAUCACAAGCUAUAGUGGACAAUCAGUUUUCUCAUCAUCACAUGCCUACACAGUCGAUGCUACAAGCUCAACCAACGGAUCUCACCGUCUCUUAUCCAUCAUCGAUGCCAUUUUCCGGAUCGUCGUCUUCCUUACCACCGAUUUCUGGAACGGUUCCCGGUUCUUCAUUUGCUCAAGUACCAUCACAUGGUCGCCUGGAAUCGGCAGUGCCAGCCGGCAUUCCUCCAGCAUUCCACCACCCUCUAGAUCAGCCACAACUGCAGUCGAUGUCAACCGGUCAUCUCAUUGCAUCGGCUGAGCCACCGCAAGCAUAUCUACCGCAGCUAAUUUCACUGGGAACGGACAGAACGGAUUCGAUUGGUGGAAGGUUUUACGACGCCACGGUACCUCCUCCUCCUCCUCCUGCUAUGUCGCCUCCACCUCUUCCACCACCACCAGCAUCUCUUCAAGACGGUCAGUUCUUACCCACACAGCAAGAUCCGAAACCGGCGCUUCAAGGUACAGAAUCACCAGAACCGUUCUCUCGCAGAAAUCACCCUGACGAGUAAAGUGUAGAUUCGUAGCUCAAUGUUGCUUCAAUUAACGUCUGGUAUUCAUUUAUAUAAUUGACUUUUUGAAGAUGGAAUAGUUUUUUUCUGAUCAUUGCAUGGCGAGACAUGAUACUUUCAAUAUUUUAGUGUAACUGUGCAUAUAGGAAUAGUCUGUAGGAACAACAUGCGACAAGAUGUAACUUAACAGAUCAUUUCUCGUCGA